CCGGAGAGCCUUGCCGUGGAGCAGCCGGAGCUGGAGAGUCUUGCCGUGGAGCAGCCGGAGCCGGAGAGCCUUGCCGUGGAGCAGCCGGAGCCGGAGAGCCUUGCCGUGGAGCAGCCGAUGAAACCCACAAAGGAGUCCGAGACUCUAUUUAUACUCAACCUUGUUCCUCUGUCUUCCCAAUACUCUUCAACCUCUCUCUCUCCUCCCUCCUCUACUACUUUUCCAGCUGGUCUUCCUUCAGAAUCUUCUCCUCCUCCACCUCCACUGCCAUGCUCUAAGUUAUUGAGACAGAGGAAGAAAAGAACAAAAACCUCAGUCUGUUCAGCAGCACCUUCUGCCACCUCUGUCUCUCCUCCGUCUCUUAUCCCCACAGAUCUCUCCUUUCCACAGUCUUGUCCUCCACCUGCUGCCUCUUCCAUCUCCCAGUCCUUGAGGCAGGAGGGGCCAUGUGUGAAGAAGAGAAGAAAGGGUUGCCGAAAAUGUAGUAGGCAGAAGAUCUUCCUGUUUGAUAAAAUAGUUGGGGAAAGAAUAAAUGAGGGAAAAGCAGAACUGAAAGUCCACUGGUUGCCUUGUACUGUGUGUGGCAAAACUUGGGAUGACACAUGGGAGUCUACAAAUCCCAACCAGCUUUCACCAUGACAGUCUACUGACCAUGAAUACCUGGACUUGUUAAGCACUCUUCAAUUCGGAGUGUUUUGUUGUUGUUCUUUUGCUUGCUGUUCUUCAUUAAAGUUUGUG